GAUGUGCAAGUCGUGUUGUAAUAAGUGAUGCCUAGAUCCAACGCGUCAAGGACUACCAGGUUUGAGAGCGUCAGAACAGGCUGCAAUCCGGACAGGGACGCGCGGCUGCUCAAACCGUGUAGCUGGAACUGCCUCGACAUCAUUUUCGAUGUCCCGGGGACCCCUGGAGAGGGCUGGGAUCAGGACCGUUUCCGCCGUGUCUUACCCAUUGUCCUUCGAUGUGAGCGUUGGGUUAUGUCGCACGUCUUACAUGCUACGGCAUGCAAGUACGCGGACAUGUCAACAGCGUCGUUCUCGCCAUGUCUACGGUCCCCCUUGGGCCCGUUCAUCACAACGACGCCGUCCUCCACUGGGCCGCGAAUCGGGAGGGAAGCACAGCCCUUGAUCAGCGGCGUCCUCCUCCCGGCUCGAGAAGGAAUGCCGGAGAGUGACAGCGCCUCGUACCUGCAAACGCAUGCUUGUCCUGAUUUCGACGGCGGUGGCGGAUCUAUCGUCACAUCUCGCUGAUGAGGAGCGCUAGUCUGGAAGCGUGGCUGGUGGGAGGUAGACGUCUGAGUUAUGACAGUGGCUCGAGGAGUGAGGGACGUUGUUGUUGAAGCCACUUGAGAGACGUUGGCAGGUAGAAUAUACUACUGCUCGAACACCUUUGGUCGAAGUUGGUAGAAGUAAAGUAUGGAGCUUGUGUGGGAGCAAUGAAACUGAGUGA